AUGGAUCGCAGUUCACCUCUAAUCUUACUCAAAAACUAUGCUUCAGCCCUCGGUAUCACGUGGCAUUUCAACAUCCCCGCUGUUCCGUGGUGGGGAGGGUUCUUUGAACGAUUAGUUGGAUCCAAUAAACGCUGCUUUCGAAAAAUAAUCUAUAAAGCCCAGCUUUCAUAUGAAGAACUAUUAACAUUUAUUGCCGAAGUAGAAUUAAUCUUAAAAAAUCGACCGAUCACGUUUAUGUAUAAAUCACCUGGAGACGCACCACUAACCCCUAAUCAUUUAAUAUACGGAAGUUCAACAAACUUUAAAGCUAUUAAUGACAAAACAUAUAAAACAAACUUGAAUAUCAGAUGUACGUAUAUAGAAAAUACACUAAAUCAUUUUUGGGAAAAAUGGGAAAAAAAAUAUUUAACAGAUCUAACAGAAUUCCACAAAUUUAAGAAAAAUAAAGGAACAAAUAAAAGAGCCGUCAAUGACAUUUUGCUGAUUCACGAUUUGGACACUAGACGAGGUCUUCGGAAUACAGCCAUUGUACAGAGCCUCCUUGUAUCGGCUGACGGAUUCAUUCGUGCUGCUAAAGUUAAAUACAAUACUAAUGGAAAAACAUCGUAUAAUAAAAGACCAGUAGACAAAUUGUAUUUGCUAGAAGCAUUGAACACCCCCUCUGAAGCAAUAAGAAUCAAGUUCUGUGAUGAAAAAUGA